CAGGCGCCGCCGCCGUCGCUUCCGGCAGCGCUGCCCUGGAUGGCGGAGCCGGGGGCUGGAACGGCGGCGGAGCCCGGGCAGGGACGGACGGAGGAGCCCGGGGAUGGAUGCACAGAGGAGCCGGAGGGGCCGAGAGGCAGAUGGACGGCGGAGCGGCGGCGGCUGCGGGUGCCGGGCGGGCUCUGGCUGGUGCUGCCGCUGCUCCUGGUCCCGCUGCCCUGCGCAGGCCAGAGCCGCCUGCCCAGCCCGGCGCGGCUGCGGGUGCAGGCGGUGAACACCAACUUCUCCCUGAGCUGGGAGCACGGGGGCAGCGCCCGCGGCGUCACCUUCUCAGCGCAGUUCCAGUGGCCGGAGCUGAAGGAGACGGGCUGGCAGGAGCUGCCGGGGUGCCAGGCUGUGGCUGGCACAGGCUGUGACAUCUCCUCGGCCAUCUCCGAGUACUACGAUUACCACUACGUGCGCGUGAGGGCCCAGGCGGGGCCCCUGCUGUCCCCGUGGUCCGAGGUCCUGGAGAUGGUGCCCGAACACGUCGCUCAGAUUGGUCCACCAGGACUGGAAUUGCAAUCCACAAAUGGAGUCGUAAAAGUUAUGGUUUCUCCUCCAGAAGCAAAUCAGAAGACAAAAAUGUGGAUCAAUGAUCUGAGUUUUAAAUAUAACCUGGUCUUCUGGGAAAACUCAUCACAUGCUCAGCUCCAGAGUAAAACCAUUUUCCCUGUUGACACCGUUGAUGACCUUGCCCCAGACAGCACCUAUUGCUUCAAGGUCCAAGCAAAUCUCCCCAGUGAGGGAAAGCAGGGCUUGUUCAGCCCCGUCAGCUGUGUGAAAACCAGCCAGAAAGUGAACGACCUCCUGUGUGCAACCAACGUGAGUGUCCAGGCUUUGAACAUGAAAUUCCACCUGCUUUGGGAUGCCCAGGAAAAUCAGGGUGUGAACUACAACGUGCAGUACCUGCUUGGGUUCUGGAAGAAGCUCAAUGAUGAUUACUCAGACAAGUGGCUCAGUGUCCCCAGGUGUGAGAACAUCACCAGCACCUCGUGCAACUUGUCCUCUGUCAUCACCACCACUGGAUUUUUUUACCUGCGGGUGCAGGCCAGGGAGGGGCACAACAAAUCCUGCUUCUCCAGGGAAGUCAAAGUGGAUCCUCUGAAAACAAAUGAAAUUGGGCCUCCUGGUGUAAGGCUGGACCUCAGUGACUCUUUGCUCCACAUCAUUAUUUCUCCUCCAGGAGGAGCUGAGGAGGAAGUCAUGAGGGACCAUUAUCACUUGUCCUACAGGAUCCUGUACUGGAAGAAUUCCUCAGAUAUGGAGGAGGAGGCGAAGCAGAAGGAGGUGAAGCAGACCAUAGCCACAGUGUCUGAUGUGUCCCCCUCCACCCUGUACUGUGUCAAAGUCCAGGCCUUCUCUGAGCCCUACAACAAAAGCAGUGCCUACAGCAAUCAGGAAUGCAUCCACACCCCUGCAGGUACAUCUUUACCUCUGAUCAUUUUUGGGGUUUUCACGGGUGCCCUGCUGUUUGUCCUGCUGGUGGCCACUCCUCUUGUUUUAUUGCUCUACCAAGCCUACAACAAAAUCAAAUAUGUGUUCUUCCCCUCCUGCCAGCCCCCCAUGAACAUCGAGGGAUUUGGAGCACUCCCCUUCAGCACCCCUUACCUGUCAGCUGCAGAGGAAUCCGUGGAAAAUUGCUGUGUGAUUGAAUCCAUGGUCACAGAAGAGGGAAAUCAGAUUGUUUUUGCAGACUACAAACAUUCCAAACAGAGCAGUCGAGACUCAGGGAAUUAUUCCAACGACGACAACACUUCUGGGAGCAAAGGAUCCAAAGACACCCUGGAAAAGGAAAUGGUGUAACUUUGGGAAAUCAGAAUUCCUUUAUGGGAUUGUCAACUUCACAAGCACUUCAGAUUUCUUUAUGAUGGAAGUCCCAGCCUGAGGGGGACACUGUGACCUUUGGGACCCUCAGGGGGACACUCUGACCUUUGGGAUUGCUGGGUUUGGGUUCCCAGAGCUGUCCUUGCUGGGGGAGCUCCUCAGGCCUGGCUGGAAAUGACCCUGAUGUCCCCACCCCACCCAGGGCUGUCCCUCUGCACCAGGAGCAGCUUUGGGCACUUCUCUACUUGAAGCUGUGAGUUGAGCAAAACCUGCCUGCUCCAGCAGAGCUCCAUGUGGAGUUACUCCCACAGUGUUUACACAGCCAAAGGAAAUCCAUGCUGGACACAAACCUGUGGAAUUUUCACCUGCUUUUCCAGCCCCUGGCAGGGCUUGGCUCAGCAGGUCCAGAGCUAAAGGUGAUAGGGGAGCAAGAGGAGCAGCAGUGAGGAGGUUGGGGUUCCUCAGGAGGUUCCUCACGGGGUUCCUCACAGGGAUUCCUCAGGGGGUUCCUCACAGGGAUUCCUCAGGAGGUUCCUCACAGGGAUUCCUCACAGGGAUUCCUCAGGAGGUUCCUCACGGGAUUCCUCACAGGGAUUCCUCAGGGGGUUCCUCACAGGGAUUCCUCACAGGGAUUCCUCACAGGGAUUCCUCAGGGGGUUCCUCACAGGGAUUCCUCACAGGGAUUCCUCAGGGGAUUCCUCACAGGGGUUCCUCACAGGAUUCCUCAGGAGGUUCCUCACAGGGAUUCCUCAGGAGGUUCCUCACAGGAUUCCUCACAGGGAUUCCUCACAGGAUUCCUCACAGGGAUUCCUCACAGGGAUUCCUCACAGGGAUUCCUCAGGGGAUUCCUCACAGGGAUUCCUCACAGGGAUUCCUCACAGGGGUUCCUCACAGGGGUUCCUCAGGGGGUUCCUCACAGGGUUCCUCACGAGAUUCCUCACAGGGAUUCCUCACAGGGAUUCCUCAGGAGGUUCCUCAUGGGAUUCCUCAUGGGAUUCCUCACAGGGAUUCCUCACAGGGGUUCCUCAGGAGGUUCCUCACAGGGAUUCCUCACAGGGAUUCCUCAGGGGAUUCCUCAGGAGGUUCCUCACAGGGAUUCCUCACAGGGAUUCCUCACGGGAUUCCUCACAGGGAUUCCUCACAGGGGUUCCUCACAGGGAUUCCUCAGGAGGUUCCUCACAGGGUUCCUCACAGGGUUCCUCAUGGAUUUGGCUGGGAAUGUUCCUGGUGCUUGUUCCAUAUCCCACUCCCCUGGAUCCCUGGCAGUGCCCAAGGCCAGGCUGGACACUGGGGCUGGAGCAGCCUGGGGCAGUGGAAGGUGUCCCUGCCAUGGCAGGGGUGGGUUGGGAUGAGUUUUUGAGUCUCUCCAAACUCGUUCUGGAAUUAGCAGGGCCCCGGUGGAAUUUAGGAAAUGCCUUUAGCAGGGGGCUGAGCUUGGCACUCAGGGCUUUCCCUCUUUUGCCAGCAGACUUUUCUUUGGACAAUCAGGAUGUGCUGCAGAAACAUUUCAGUUUUCAUAUCCCAUGUUUUCCACACUGACUCCACUGUCUUCCAGAGCCUUUUGUUUUUAAGUACCUUAUUUUUUUAUGAAGAAACUGCUGUGGAGCCAGCUGGGUUUGAGCAUCCCAUGGGCUGCUGUUGUUUGUUCUAUCUAGGAACUCUUGGUGUUUAUAUAAAUUUUUUUCUUUAAUUUUGAAGAUAUUACCUAAUGUUAUAAAUUUCCUAUCGCUGUGUUCAUUGAAGAACAUAAUAAAUUUUGCACAUUUGCUUCUU